CUAUGGGAUAUGUUUAUAAGCAUUGCGAAUUGUACAGUACAGUAUUAUAAGCUAAGGCAAAAUCAACGUUAGGAGAGUUAAUUGAAAAUCUGGAAAGCUGUUAUAGGCAUACUCCGUACCUUCUGCAUUUCAUGAUUUCAUCCUCCCAGAAAGAGAGAGAAAGAAGGAGAGAGAACCAUACGUGAGAAAGGAGUCUGCAUCACUCCGCCACUCCGAUUCUGCAUCUUUCACAAAAAUGCCGCUCUCGCUCUCGUUAACAGCUCCGUUCCGCCGAACGACUGCCGGCAGCCCGUCGGGGUUUUCUAAUCCACCAUUGCUUCACAGUCGAUCACUUCAGUUGAGCAAGUUUCGUUCCGCCAAGUCAGUGUCUGGAUUUAGAGUUUUUGCCAAACAGAACGAGUUUCCGGCUAUCCGGCGACCUGAUUCGAAGGGUUUUUUCGGGAAACACGGCGGAAGUCACUGUCCAGACAGCAUGUUGCCGGCUCUCUCCGAACUCGAAUCAGCUUACGAAAGCCUCUCAUCUGACCCUGAUUUUCAGGAAUUUUGUUUGGAUUACCUAGGUCGAAGCUUUGGUGGCCGACAAAACCCUCAAGGUGGAUAUAAUGGAAGCAUGUAUUGAGUGCCGAAGGAGGCAAGAGAGUGAAAAUAGAAGCGCUGCAGAUGAAGAUCACAACCCUAGUGUAGGAAUCGUCGAUAAGAUAUUCCGAUGGGGUGGAGACGGAAGACGGCAGGAUUAUUUAGGUUUUUUAGAACAAUGAAAGAUUUAGAGGGUGUUUGGCUUAGCUUUUGUGGGGCAAAAGUCCUUUUUGUAAAAGGACUUUUUGGAAAAGUUAUUUUUUAAAAUGUGUUUGGAUUAGUUUUGAAGGGAAAAGUCAAAAGUUAAAGUGUUUGGUUUAUAAAAUGACAAAAAAGGACAUGUUUACAUA